AUGGCCGUCGGUAAAAGCAAAAAGAUGGGCAAGAAGGGAGCCAAGAAGAAGGUGGUCGACCCAUUCACCCGCAAGGAGUGGUACGAUGUGAAGGCCCCAACGAUGUUCUCGCAACGACAAAUCGGAAAGACCCUUGUCAACAAGACUGUCGGAACAAAGAUUGCCGCUGAUGGAUUGAAGGGCCGUGUAUAUGAGGUGUCGCUCGGUGAUCUCAACAGCUCUGAGUCCGACUUCCGCAAGUUCCGUCUCAUCUGCGAGGAUGUGCAAGGAAAGAACUGCUUGACCAACUUCCACGGAAUGAGCUUCACCCGCGAUAAGAUGUGCUCCAUCGUCAAGAAGUGGCAUACAAUGGUCGAGGCGAACGUUGCCGUGAAGACAACUGACGGUUAUCUUCUCCGUGUCUUUUGCAUCGGAUUCACCAAACGUCAACCAAAUCAAGCCAAGAAAACCACCUAUGCUAAGGCUUCAAAGGUUCGACAGAUCCGAGCAAAGAUGGUGCAACACAUCCAAAAAGAAGUCAGCGGCUCUGAUCUGAAAGAAGUUUGUUCGAAGUUGAUCCCCGAUUCAAUUGGCAAAGACAUCGAGAAGGCCUGCCAAUUCACGUACCCCCUCCAAGACGUGUACAUCCGCAAAGUGAAGAUCCUCAAGAAACCCAAAUUCGAGAUGGGACGUUUAAUGGAUGUGCAUGGGGAUUCGGGAGCUUCCACUGUUGCUGCUGAUGGAACCAAGAUCGAUCGUCCAGCUGGAUAUGAGCCACCCGUACAAGAUGCCGUC